AUGUGGAUAUGGGGAUGAAUUAGGGUUUCGUGAAGGAGUAAAAGAGGAGGAGUCGUAGAGUAGUUGGUUUUUGCAAAGGGUAGAUGAACUGAGCUCAACUUACUUGUUAAGCACGUAUGGGGCCAGGCAAAGGUCUAACAUUUUUUGUUCAAGCUUUCUCUUGAAGACUUCAUUUAUUGCCCUCUCUAUAAUCUCCACAAAUUUGUCUCAACUCUGGGGAAACAAACUAACUGUCAAGGAAUUGGGUUAGUUGAUCAUAUUUAUUGUGGGCAUAUCCCCGUGUGGGUGACUUCUAAUUGUUUGGAUUGCAUUGAAUGUAGGGAGUACCGUGGGUGUCAGUCUGUUAAGCCUGCACAUAUAGUUUACUUGCAUAAUACCCAUAUCUCUGUUUCUCUUCCUGGACUGAGAGAAAAAAUGUACAGUCAGUAAGGCAGAGGCUUUGCCUGAGUGUUUUCUUCUCAUGAACUCUGUAGAUUUUAGGGGUUCCUCUGUAUUUCUGGUAUCAGAAAGUGUCCUUGGAUGAUGUGGGUAGGGUAGUGCAAAGGCCCACACAGUUUAUUUGUGCUUUGGACACUCUGUCCCUUGUUUUCACUUCAUACUGACAGGCAGUACUAGCAUAUAUACUCAUGCACGCACACAUAGUUAUUGCCUAUAGACAUAGAGUGGCAGAUUUGGGUUAGGCUUGUCCUAGGGAUUAGCAGCUUUUUUUUGACAGACCUGCAGACCACCGGCCUAGACAGAAGAACAGUGUUUUUCAUUUAAGGUCUGGUCUCUAGAUUAACUGCAAUACUGUAUAUAUCUGAUCCAUAGCAAGUCAACAGCAGGGAAUUGGGUGGUUGUCUUUGAGGAGGGCUUUUAAAGGGUCUGUCACUUGCUUGGGUUUAUUCACAUUCGCAUUGACAUAAGAAGAAGAAGGGCAGGCAGCCUAAUAAUUGGCUUUAAAGUGCUUUGUCAUUCUGCUUCGUUGGGUCUAUUUAGUGUGCAUGAUCUUGGUCCUUGUCCUAUAGCUAGGAAGAUCAUUAAGAGAGGGGUUGUAUAGAACAGAGUGAAAUUAUUAUCAUGGAGGCUUUGAAUCCUGAUGAUGGCUUGCCUCCCGGGUUCAGGUUUCAUCCAACAGAUGAAGAACUGGUGACAUAUUAUCUGACCACUAAGGUUCUGGAUAAUAGCUUCUCUGGCAGAGCAAUUGCUGAGGUUGAUCUCAAUAAGUGUGAGCCUUGGGAUCUUCCUGAUAAGGCAAAAAUGGGGGAAAAAGAAUGGUAUUUCUUCAGCUUGAGAGACAGAAAGUACCCAACAGGGUUACGCACUAACAGAGCCACAGAGGCCGGUUACUGGAAGGCCACAGGGAAGGACCGAGAGGUGUUUAAUGCUCAGACUGGUAGUCUGAUUGGAAUGAAAAAGACUUUGGUUUUCUAUAAAGGGAGGGCUCCAAGAGGUGAGAAGACUAACUGGGUCAUGCAUGAAUACCGUCUGGAAGGAAGCUUCUCAUAUCAGCAACUUACAAGAGCUUCCAAGGAAGAGUGGGUGGUGUGUCGCAUCUUCCACAAAAGUGCAGGAGCCAAGAAACCCACGUCAGGCUUUAUGAAUAACAACAGCAUGUACGUUGAUGAUUGCUUGGGAUCCCCUUCAUUGCCCCCUCUUUUGGAAUCCCCAUGCUAUGGCUCCAAUACAGCAGCAAUCCAGAGUGAUGAGGCUCAGCUUUCAGACAUUCAUUUUCACAGCAAUACCAUAUUUCCAAAUGAUCCUCACCUCAUGAAGCCACAAAACCCUAAUCCCACCAUGGCCUAUAUUCUGUCUCAGCUCUCCUCAAAUACCAUGGGUUUCCAAGGAUUUGCUUCACAAGCAGCAGGCUUGCCCUCAAAUUCCAUUCUCAGGGCUCUGGUUGAACAGUACUCAGGCACUGACUUGAACUUGAAGCACUGCAAAAUGGAGCCCUCUUCUUCUAUGGGAGGACAGGACAAUCUUGGAGCAGCUAACCAAAACAAUAUGAGAUUAUCCCAAGAAGCCCAAUGGGCCAUGGAAGAUCAUCAUCAGAAGAUUAACAGUGGUAUUCCUCACAACCCACAUGAUCAUAAUGCUCCCUGCUCAAACUCUAGUGAUGACAUGAAUUCUGAAAUGUUUGGUAGAGUGAGCAGAUCAUAUCAAGUUGAUCCUUCUGCAGCAUCACCACCAGUUGAUCUUGAUUCCCUGUGGGCUUAUUGAUUACAUACAAUACAAUACUACCUAUACAUCAUCUUGCAGACUUAUCAAUUUCUCAGUUGUGGCUUGCUUCAACAAUGUGUAAAGAUAUGGAAAUGCAGUUAUUUACACUACAGUAAAGAUAAGGAAUAGAAAGCCCACUUUCAUCACUAGUACGUAAAGGCAGUUGGCCAUCAAGCAUAUCAGAAUCAAACUCUGAUGCUCAUCCAACGGGGGAACUUCAAGACAGCAGUUUUACUUUUCUUGUAUGGUUAAAUUCUAUUUGCUUUGUUUAUUAUGUCUGAUAUAUUAUUAUUCAGUUUGAAUAUGUAGCUCAAUUGGAUUCAUUCCAGCAUGCUUGUAAUAUAACCGCUUAUUCAAAAUACAUAUAUAUUUGUGUAAUAAGAGAUUUAAAGGGCUUAACUGAAAA